AUGUCAAGACUCUCCGCCAUCCCAGAAGGGGACUACGAUAUCCGUGCAGAGCAUCUCGAGACUGUUGUGGGCGCUACAAAGCAGCAAAGGGGUCCGGACUGUCAUCGUCGCAGUGGUCUCGUACGUAGCGGCAGGCUCCAGCUCGACGCCGGUAAUGGCCCACAAGCGCUCAUGGUCGUUCGCAACCUAGAUCAUAAUUUGCCUCUGCACGCUGUAGCUCGUCUGCGAGCGGCCGAUAUCAUACCGGGGCGUGUUGAGGCUGCCGCCAGGAACUUGGAAGGACUUCCCAUCUGGAUUGAUGAGCAGGACAUUAUGACUAGGGACCAAGAGACUCGUGACGAUCUCGAGGGUCAUCGCCAAUAUCCAUCAUCACCAUCAAACAGGCUGCCGCUGAGGGAGUUGAGCGCACAGGAAGUGGCGGUAAGGUCCAACGUCAAAUCCCAAAACAAAGCAGCUGAUAUGGAGCAGAUCCAGGGAGCUCAGACGUUUGGAAAUGGAACGGUACGGAACAAAGAGAAUAGGUGCCCGAGUAUCCACGCAGGGAGAAAGCCAUUGUCUUCGACGAUGUAG